AUGGCCCUCAGUAUCCGGCAGAAGAGGGUGCGAAGAAUCUCCGGAGACCCAGUCCAUGGGGUUGUGGUGCAAGGCCCUGUGGAUAGUCUGGCUACUGGCACCCCACUCUAUAGUGUGGCGGUGCAAGGCACUAUAGAUGGAAGGACUACUUGUAGACCAAGGGGUUGGAGGUUUGGUACCUGGAAUGUAGGCACGUUGACAGGAAGAAGUUUGGAAGUGGUGGAGGAGCUGCAGAGGAGAAUGGUUGACGUGGCUGCAUUACAGGAGAUCAGAUGGAAGGGUGAGGGUACAAGGUUUGUGGGGGCUAAAGGUGGAAGAUAUAAGUUGUGGUGGAAGGGGGAUGAUGGUACGGGAGGAGUUGGUGUGAUGGUAAGAGAAGAGUUGGUGGAGAAGGUGUUGGAAGUGAGGCGGAGAAGCAAUGGGGUAAUUGUGGUGGUGAUGGUGUUUGGAAAAGUAAUAGUGAGAGUGAUAUCAGGAUAUGCUCCGCAACAAAGUAGGAAGGAAGAGGAGAAGGAUAGGUUUUAUGAUGAUGUUUCUGACGAGAUUGGGCAAGCGGGGUUGAAUGAGUUUGUGGUGUUGUUGGGUGAUUUGAAUGGUCAUGUGGGGGCGGAUGCAGACGGAUAUGAAGGUGUACAUGGGGGAUGGGGAUAUGGUAUACGGAAUGAGGAAGGGCGUAGAGUGUUGGAGUUAGCGGAUGCACAUAGCAUGGUGGUGGGGAAUACUUGGUUCACAAGGGAACCAGCGCGAUUGAUUACUUAUAGGUCAUGA